CCUUCCUCGCAAGCACAAGGUCCCAAGUUCGAUCCCCGGUACCAACAAAACAAAAUCCCAAAAAAUCGACUUGACACUGUGGAGGAUUCUAUGUGGGGGCACUCCACAAGCCAAUCAGAAUCUCUAAUCUUUUGUGAUAUUAUCAAUGGUUCUUUCUGAAGUUUUUGCAACCUUUUCAAAAUCUGGAAGAAACAAUGUGGUCGAUUUCUUUAAUUUAGAAGUGUAGCUCCAUUUGUAGUAGCGAAAACCUUUUUAAAAGAAAUAACUGAGUGGACAUAGUUUCCAUGUCGGAUUGACUUUGGUAACACGCAUCUACUGAAAGAAAGGCGGUAUACGAUGACAACUAGACCGCGGUCACCAGGGCAACGGGGGCGGGGACUUCUUGCUCCCUGCCCUAGUUUGGGAAGCUCAGCGAGAACGCGCGAAAAGAUUUGGUUUGUUGGCCGCGCCGUAGAUCGCGGAGCAUGCUGGGGCUCGGCAAUAUGGCGUCCUCCUUGAUGUGCUGAUGAGAGGAGUUUCACUGUACCUCCCAACCAAAGGGCAAAACUCCCCUGACCCAAUAAGACCACAUUACCCGUUUUCUCCCCGCGUCCGUGUCGCCCAUUCCUCGGGACUUGUUCUCAAGCAGGAGGGAGCUACGGGGCCAAAGGCCAGGGCCAGCGAGGCCGCGCGGAGCCGGGGUUGAGGAACCGGCUGCGGGUGAGCACGAUGGGCUGGUCCUGGCUCUGGUUGCAGCAGCUGAGGCGAGUGCGGGACCCGCAGGGCUGAGCGUGGCUCGACGAGACCGAGGCGCUCUGACUCUGUUCCCCUUGGCCGGAGACCUCAGUCCAGACGGCGCAGGCGGCGAAUCAGCACCAGAGCGGACGGCCGGACCGUCCUCGGAUCUGCUCAGGCGUUGGAGGCCGAGCAGGGUCAUCGUGAGGCCCGAAGUCUCUCACGCCUUUCACAGCUCCCCUCGCAGCCCUGCUGAGAACCAACAGGCUCAGAAGCUGACAGUGGCUGGGGAUCUGAGUGUGCGUGUGUCUGUGCAGAGCUCCCUGGGCUGCCCCAUUUCCCAUCCGCCCCCCCCCCCUUGACUUCCCGCGCAGAGUUAAGAGAUAAGAAUCUCCGAACACUUCAUCCAUUACUUUUCUGGCUCUCCCUUUUUUUCUAUAUUUUAUUUCAUUAAUUCUGGUACACACUAGUUUUUAAGGCUGGAGGUUCUCGAGCGCUUACUGCCAAGGACUCCUCCCCCCCCUCCCCCCCUGAUGGAGUCCGAGAUGCUGCAGUCGCCCCUUUUGGGACUCGGGGAGGAAGAUGAGGCCGACCUUACAGACUGGAAUCUGCCUUUGGCAUUUAUGAAAAAGAGACACUGUGAGAAAAUUGAAGGCUCCAAAUCCCUAGCUCAGAGCUGGAGGAUGAAGGAUCGGAUGAAGACAGUCAGUGUGGCCUUAGUUCUGUGCCUGAACGUUGGUGUGGAUCCCCCAGACGUGGUCAAGACCACACCCUGUGCACGCUUGGAAUGUUGGAUUGAUCCUCUGUCAAUGGGUCCUCAGAAAGCCCUGGAAACCAUCGGUGCAAAUUUACAGAAGCAGUAUGAGAACUGGCAGCCAAGGGCCCGGUAUAAGCAGAGCCUGGAUCCCACUGUGGAUGAAGUCAAGAAACUCUGCACAUCACUGCGCCGGAAUGCCAAGGAGGAACGUGUCCUUUUCCACUAUAAUGGCCAUGGGGUGCCCAGGCCCACGGUGAACGGCGAGGUCUGGGUCUUCAACAAGAACUAUACUCAGUAUAUCCCUCUGUCCAUCUAUGACCUACAGACAUGGAUGGGCAGCCCAUCCAUCUUCGUCUAUGACUGCUCUAAUGCUGGCCUGAUCGUCAAGUCCUUCAAGCAGUUUGCGCUGCAGAGGGAGCAGGAGCUAGAGGUUGCAGCAAUCAACCCAAACCACCCACUUGCCCAGAUGCCCUUGCCCCCGUCGAUGAAGAACUGCAUCCAGCUGGCGGCCUGUGAGGCCAACGAGCUCCUGCCCAUGAUCCCCGACCUCCCAGCCGACCUGUUCACAUCCUGUCUCACCACCCCCAUCAAGAUUGCCCUGCGGUGGUUUUGCAUGCAGAAAUGUGUUAGUCUGGUGCCUGGAGUCACGCUGGAUUUGAUAGAAAAGAUUCCUGGCCGGCUGAAUGACCGGAGGACUCCUCUGGGUGAGCUGAACUGGAUCUUCACAGCUAUCACAGACACCAUCGCGUGGAAUGUGCUCCCCCGGGACCUUUUCCAAAAGCUCUUCAGACAAGACCUGCUGGUGGCGAGUCUAUUUCGAAAUUUUUUAUUGGCAGAAAGGAUCAUGAGGUCGUACAAUUGCACCCCCGUCAGCAGCCCCCGACUCCCACCAACUUACAUGCACGCAAUGUGGCAGGCCUGGGACCUCGCUGUGGACAUUUGUCUCUCUCAGCUGCCUACGAUCAUCGAGGAGGGCACUGCCUUUAGGCACAGCCCAUUCUUUGCAGAGCAGCUGACUGCAUUCCAGGUAUGGCUCACAAUGGGCGUGGAAAACAGGAGCCCCCCUGAGCAGCUGCCCAUCGUUCUGCAGGUGCUGCUAAGCCAGGUGCACCGGCUGAGGGCCUUGGACUUGCUGGGAAGGUUUCUGGACUUGGGUCCCUGGGCGGUGAGCCUGGCCCUGUCCGUGGGCAUCUUCCCCUAUGUGCUGAAGCUGCUCCAGAGCUCGGCCCGAGAGCUGCGGCCGCUCCUCGUCUUCAUCUGGGCCAAGAUCCUGGCAGUGGACAGCUCAUGCCAGGCUGACCUCGUGAAGGACAACGGGCACAAGUACUUCCUCUCCGUCUUGGCAGACCCAUACAUGCCAGCUGAACAUAGAACCAUGACAGCUUUCAUUCUCGCUGUGAUUGUCAACAGCUAUACCACAGGGCAGGAAGCCUGCCUUCAGGGGAACCUGAUUGCCAUCUGCCUGGAGCAGCUCAGCGACCCGCACCCCCUGCUGCGCCAGUGGGUGGCCAUCUGUCUGGGAAGGAUCUGGCAGAACUUCGACUCAGCACGAUGGUGCGGAGUAAGGGACAGCGCCCACGAAAAGCUCUACAGCCUCCUCUCCGACCCCAUCCCCGAGGUCCGCUGUGCAGCCGUCUUUGCACUUGGCACAUUUGUGGGCAACUCUGCUGAAAGAACAGACCACUCCACCACAAUUGACCACAACGUAGCCAUGAUGCUGGCCCAGCUGAUCAAUGACGGGAGCCCCAUGGUCCGGAAGGAGCUAGUAGUGGCUCUGAGUCAUCUGGUAGUUCAGUAUGAGAGCAAUUUCUGCACAGUGGCCCUGCAAUUCAUGGAAGAGGAAAAGAACUACCCCUUGCCCUCUCCAGCAGCCACAGAGGGGGGGAGCUUGACCCCAGUGCGAGACAGUCCAUGCACCCCUAAACUUCGUUCUGUGAGCUCCUAUGGAAACAUCCGAGCUGUCACCACCGCGAGGAGCCUGAACAAGUCUCUGCAAAAUCUGAGUUUGACGGAAGAAGCAGGCGGCGCAGUGGCCUUCUCCCCUGGGAACCUUAGCACCAGUAGCAGUGCUAGCAGCACCCUGGGCAGCCCGGAGAACGAGGAGCACAUCCUGUCUUUCGAGACCAUUGACAAGAUGCGCCGCGUGAGCUCCUACUCCGCGCUCAACUCCCUCAUAGGAGUUUCUUUUAAUAGUGUUUACACUCAAAUUUGGAGAGUCUUAUUGCAUCUUGCUGCUGAUCCUUAUCCAGAUGUUUCUGAUUUGGCCAUGAAAGUACUCAACAGCAUUGCCUACAAGGCCACAGUGAAUGCCCGACCUCAGCGCAUCCUCGAUACCUCCUCUCUGACACAGUCGGCCCCGGCCAGCCCAACUAACAAGGGCAUGCACAUCCACCAAGUCGGAGGUUCCCCGCCGGCGUCCAGCACCAGCAGCUGCAGUCUGACCAAUGACGUGGCCAAGCAGCCAGUCAGCCGUGACCUGCCUCCUGGCCGCCCGGGCCCCACAGGCCCCACAGGGGCGCAGUACACCCCUCACUCCCACCAGUUCCCCCGGACACGGAAGAUGUUCGACAAGGGCCCAGACCAGACUGCCGAUGAUGUAGACGAUGCUGCUGGACACAAAAGCUUCAUCUGUGCCGCGAUGCAGACGGGGUUCUGUGACUGGAGUGCCCGGUACUUUGCCCAGCCCGUCAUGAAGAUCCCUGAAGAACACGACCUGGAGAGUCAGAUCCGCAAGGAGCGAGAGUGGCGGUUCCUCCGGAACACCCUCGUCAGGAGGCAGGCACAGCAGGUCGUCCAGAAGGGCAUCACCAGGCUGGAUGACCAGAUAUUCCUCAACAGGAACCCCGGUGUCCCCUCUGUGGUCAAAUUCCACCCCUUCACACCAUGUGUGGCCGUGGCAGACAAGGACAGCAUCUGUUUUUGGGACUGGGAGAAAGGGGAGAAGCUGGAUUACUUCCACAACGGAAACCCACGGUACACCAGGGUCACUGCCAUGGAGUACCUGAACGGCCAGGACUGCUCCCUGCUGCUCACCGCCACAGAUGAUGGUGCCAUCAGGGUCUGGAAGAAUUUUGCUGACUUGGAAAAGAACCCAGAGAUGGUAACUGCAUGGCAGGGGCUCUCAGACAUGCUGCCAACAACACGAGGAGCUGGGAUGGUGGUAGACUGGGAGCAAGAAACUGGCCUGCUCAUGAGCUCAGGGGAUGUACGGAUCGUCCGGAUCUGGGACACAGACCGUGAGACGAAGGUGCAGGAUAUCCCCACGGGUGCAGACAGCUGUGUGACAAGUCUGUCCUGUGAUUCCCACCGCUCACUCAUUGUGGCUGGCCUCGGCGAUGGCUCUAUCCGUGUCUAUGACAGGAGGAUGGCACUCAGUGAAUGCCGCGUCAUGACCUACCGGGAGCACACAGCCUGGGUGGUGAAGGCCUACCUGCAGAAGCACCCCGAGGGCCACAUUGUGAGCGUGAGUGUCAAUGGGGAUGUUCGCUUCUUCGAUCCCCGGAUGCCCGAGUCCGUGAACGUGCUGCAGAUCGUGAAGGGGCUGACGGCCCUGGACAUCCACCCGCAGGCAAACCUGAUCGCUUGUGGCUCCAUGAACCAGUUCACUGCCAUCUACAACGGAAAUGGGGAGCUGAUCAAUAACAUCAAGUACUACGAUGGCUUCAUGGGCCAGCGAGUCGGGGCCAUCAGCUGCUUGGCCUUCCACCCACACUGGCCUCAUCUGGCCGUGGGAAGCAACGACUACUACAUCUCCGUGUACUCAGUGGAGAAGCGGGCCAGAUAGCAGCACCCCAGGGCUCCCGCUGGGCCGCGGCCAUCGUGUACAUAGUGAAUCCACUCACUCCAGGCGAAGUGCCCCACGCCGCCGGCUCCUGCCUCAGCUGCUGCCGAUUGAGGAGGGACCUUACGCUUUCUUUCCUUCUGUCUUCACUGUAAUAUCCCAAAGUCCAGGUUGGGGAGGGCCUUGGCUUGACAUCUCUUCUUGCCCCGAACCAGCACCCAGGCACCUGGGACUCACGGCGUGUCGCAGCAUAUCUGAGUCUCCUCGGGCCUGUUUUUCUUCUGAGGUUUUUCAAGAGGGACACAUUUGUUUUAUUUUCCAUGUGACCAGAGCAUUAGCUACAGAAAAGAUCGAGCACUGGUGGAGAAGCCUCCUGAGGUCCUGUGGGCCUAGGGCAGCCGGCCGGCCCUCUCUCCUCCCAGCCCCUCAGAGUGGCUGGGUGCUGCUGGAGAUUGACAAGGAGGGGAGGGAAAGGCAGGGGCAGCCGGUGAGUGUGGGAGGAAGCAGCCGUUUGGCCUCAGAAGCCUCCCUGUCCCUGGCUGCGUCUGAGUCUGAGGAAAGGCCUGCACAGCCAGGCCCUCGGCUCAGCUUCUAGACCGGGCCUCCACGUGGAGUGCUCGCAGGGUAGGGCUCUGCCUGGCUGGACAGGUGAGGUGGGGCCCAGUUCACCAGCGCACCUGGAGUGCGGCUGCUCCACGGAGCAGUCCCCUGCCUGUGCCUGCACACAGGCACGUGUGCGCAUGGGCACACUCGUCAUCCACACAGAUGCAGAGGCACCGUGAGGCCGCAGGGUCUGUGGGUAGCGACAGCCCCCACGCUGUGUGACCAAGGCUCACCUUCUGCAGCCUGCAAUGCAGAAGUUCCUUGGUGGCUCCGUGCAUGUGUCUGGCACGUGUGUGGACGUGUGACCACAUGUGCAAGUUGGGGAAGCCGUGUGGACCAUUUAGUCCUGAGAAGGAGCACAGGGAAUUGCUGAGCAAUUGCACACAAACAACACAACUGCAGGGAUGGUGUUUCCAAAAGGAUUUUUUCCAUUUUCCUUGGGAAUCAGGAUCUUCCAGAGAUGGAGGAGUGAGGCGGCACUAUUGAUUGUGCCAAUAGGCGGCCAGGAACAGUGGGAUCAGGAAUCAGAGCCCAGACAGAGGACCAGGUCCCUUGUGCAGUGGAUGAUGGUUCUGUUUUGGCCAAAAGCAUCUUCUGGGUACUUGGAGUCCUGCAGGCAGCACUGGGCAGACCUAGACGAGAGAGACCAGAGAGAGACCAGACAGCCUCUGCUGCCCCAGGGCGUGUGCACUCCCGCAGGAGAAGGCUCUGGAUAAAGACUCUUCCCCUGUUGUGGGCGAACAAGCAGCCUGGAGUCGAGAAAGUCCUGGAGGGUCCUGACCAGUUCCUCCAGCUCUGCGGGUGCUCCAGUGGGUGACACACUGGAAACUUCCGGGGGCCGCCACCCACAGACGCCGAGCAGCCGGCCCUCCAUGGCUGCCUCAGGGUGGGUCAGCUUCACUCCAGCCUAACUUGCAUUUCUCUUUGUUUUGAGACAAACCACCACUGGUAAAGUACAGAUGGCUCUGGGGGUGACAAGGCCCUCCCUCCUCAAGCCCCAGAGCCCCUGGCAUGGUGUGUGUGUCCGCAAGCUGCCGCGUGGGCUGGUUCUUCACAGGCUGGAUGCGAAAAUUCAAUCAUGAAGUUAACCGAGGCUCAAGAGAGCAGUGACCUAGAGUUCCUUUAUCUCUAUUUAUUUUACCAAAAUGAGAAUUGAAAACAACUUUGAGAAAACAUGGAAUUGUAAAAUGUGAAACUAUAAGCGAUGGCAAACAAUAAACUGUUGAAAAAUAAAGAAGUGCAGGAGUGGCUGGCUGUGUGGUGUUGUCCUUUAGGCAGCCUGCCCACCCUGCUGGGGACGUGGCUGUGUGCUGCGGGUGGGAGGCCGGGGAGUUGCCUAGGUCUUCUGCAAAUGUUCCGGCCACCUAGUGCGGUCCCCAAGGCAUGGGCCACUCUGCAUGUGGACCCCUCCACACAGGCACAUGGGCCUGGCCUGUCCAUGCCGAGCAGAAAUCGCCGUUGGGUGACCGAGCCUCUGUGCCUGCCCUGCCAGGCACCAGUUUUGUAACUAAGACCCAAAUUCGGGUGCGAGCACCCUUGGGAAGACCCAGCCUGCAUGGUCUGUUUGCUCUUCCUACUUCACACCCAGUUUUUUGUGAUUUUAGGGUGGCUCUCUGGGUCGGGUCAAGGUGCUGCCUGGCUACGUUGCUGUCUAGGGGAAGAUGUGCUUUCGGGCCGCUCCACCUUCCAGGGCCCCUGCUCCUUGGGCUCCUCCCCUUUGAAACGAGCAACGGCCGGUGGUCUUUCUCACAACCCCUCAUUCUGACGCAGACCCUCCUGCCUCCCUCUUCCACCUGGCAGGACACUGGCUGACCUGGGCCACCCAGGAAGUCCUGAGCAGUCUCCCUGUGCUGCAGGCAGCUGACCAGCACCAUAACCCGCUUUGCCAGAACAGGGCUGUGUUUGAAGACACAGCCUUUGCAGAGGCCACUCGGGCCCUGAUCCAGUCUGACUGGCGUACGGAUGAGAAGACAGGGAGACAGACACAGGGUCUGCAAGCCCGGGAGAGGCCUCGGGAGGACCAGCCCAGCCCACCUCACCUGGACCGUGAGGGCCAAACUCCUGUCCUGGGAGCCCGGUCAAUGGUGACAGACCCCUGCGGCCUGGAGCACUGUCCACGGGUGCCUCAGCCACACCCAACUGGAGAUUUGCCUUCGUCACGGCAGCUGGCCAGUGUCUCCUCAUCUUCAGUGUGACACCAGGACACUCGGUGAUGCUCCACAGCUGGAGCCCCUGUCCCAGGGUCAGCCCAGCCGUUUCUGUGUCUGCUGCCUCAGCACCUUCAGAGACCAAGUGCUGCCCACUGCAGGGUGAACAGAGGUGAGGUUGGGGACCCCAGGGGAGAGGGGGGCAAGGCCCCCAUGGCUGAGACUCAGAGCAGGAAAAAGCAGCAUCCUGAGAGGUCUCCAGCCACCCCCUGAGCUGAAGCCGGUGGGUGACCCUUUUGGUAUCUGCUCAUUCAUCCUCAGCAGCUGGUGGCAGCCCCCAGGUGUGUCCCUUAGGACACGGCCUCAGCCCCACCUGUCUGGUGCUCCACUGCCCUCCCUGCCUGUCCCCCAGCCCUGGGUCAGGGCACACUGGGCCUAAGGGUGUCGAGAAAGGAGUUCCUGCUACCCCCAGGACCUGGUCUUCUCUGCCUGGGACUGUGCAGCUUCCUCUAAGCCUGAGGUCUCACAGUCAGCUUCCAGGGCCAGGGAAGCCACAGGCCGCUCACCACACCGGGCCCCCUCCUGGAGAGGAGAGACUUCCAGCCAGCAUUGGCCUCUAAGGCCAAUGCCAGCACCACUGGUCCAUCCUGCCACCCAGUCUGAGUCCUGGGGGUCACCAUCACAUGGGCAGGUGCCAUCUAGAUACCAGAGGGCCACCCACCUCCAAGGUCCCCAUGCAGACCCCGCCCUGAUGAGACAGACGAGAUGGCAGGUCUGUGGGAGGAGGUAGGGCACCUCAAGCCAUCUGGCCACCCACCCCAUGGACCCAGGGCAAGGGAGGUAGGUAUGGAAGGCUUGGCCCAAGGGGCUCAGGGAGGGUGGGCCAUGGGGGUGAGAUCCACAGCCUCUGACCCAGGAAGUCAGGAGCAAGGGGCAGGGGCUUCCAACCUAGGGCUGAGGGCUCUGUGCCCCAGCAGGGUCCUGGACAAGGAGGGCCAGGCUCACUGUGCCCAGAGAGCUGUCGCCAUCCCCCAACUGGCAGGCCCAGGUGAGGUCCUUCCGCCAACUCAGGCGGCCACAAGAGCCCCAACCACACACAGGACACCUGUGACCUGGAAAGGGAGCUGGUGACUCCCCCAGGUGCUACAGGGAGGGUGACAGGCCAGUGACAACCACAACCAAGGGCAAAGUGGAACUCACUCACAUUGGUUUGCAUGCAUGCAUACAUUUAUUUAUUGUUUUUGCUAUUUAACAGAAUUUUUGUUUUUGGUACCAGGGAUCGAACUCAGGACUUUGUGCUUGCGAGGCAGACACUGGAACCACUGAGCUAAAUCCCUGGCUUUAUUUAACAGGAUUUGGGGGGGUGGGGGAAUAAAGCAAAUGAUACAGCAGCAUUGAACAAUCUGAAAAGGGAGCAAAGAAAUGAAUGGCAUGAGAAGGAAUGAGCUAGCCGGGGCAGGAGCAGGAGUCGCCAUCACGGGAGUUGACAUCCGCCACGACAAAGACCGAAAGGUCUGUCGCAAGGAACCCAAGAGCCAGGACAUCUCCCUGAGGCUGUUGGUCAAGCUGUCCAGGUUUCUGGCCAGAAGAACGAACUCCACCUUCAACCAGGUUGUGCUGAAGAGGUUGUUCAUGAGUCUCACCAAUCGGCCACCUCUGUCCCUUUCCCGAAUGAUCCGGAAGAUGAAGCUUCCUGGCCGGGAAAAUAAGACAGCUGUGGUCGUGGGAACCCUGACGGAUGAUGUGUGGGUUCUGGAGGUGCCCAAGCUGAAGGUUUGUGCCCUGCGUGUGAGCAGCCGGGCCCGCAGCCGCAUCCUCAACGCUGGGGGUAAGAUCCUCACCUUUGACCAGCUGGCCCUGGACUCCCCCAAGGGCCACGGCACCGUCCUGCUCUCUGGUCUGCGCGAGGGCUGAGAGGCGUACCGGCACUUCGGCAAGGCCCCAGGAACCCCGUGCAGCCACACCAAACCCUACGUCUGCUCCAAGGGCCGAAAGUUUGAGUGCACCAGAGGCAGACCGGCCAGCCGAGGCUGCAAGAACUAAUGCAGGGGGCCGGGGAUUUAGCUCAGUGGUUUUACCGCCUGCCUCGCAAGCACAAGGACCCGAGUUCAAUCCCCAGUACCAAAAAAAAAAAAAAA